AUGUCCUGGCAAGAUUUCGUCAAUACUAGCUUGGUCGGCACCGGCCACAUCGCCAAGGGUGCCAUCAUCAGCUUGGCUGGCGACAGCGCUUGGGCUACCUCUCCUGAGCUGACGAUUCAACCCGCCGAGAUGAAGGCCAUCGCCGACAUCGUCGCCAAGAACCAGGGUUCCAUCGACAAGGCAUACGCUGAGGGCCUUUACAUUGCCGGACAGCGCUUCGUCCUGACCCGAGUCGAUGAGGGCGACCUCUACGCACGAGCUGGCCGUGAGGGUGUUGCCAUUGCCGCCUCCAAGCAGGCCAUCGUUGUCGGCAUCCACCCCGAAUCCGCGCAGGCCGGAAACGCCACCCUUGUCGUUACUGCUCUCGCCGACCACCUUAAGAAGACCGGAUAUUAA